CGGGUGUUAUUGAUGUCAUCCAGCACGAUAUGAAGGGACUCGGCGUUACCGGCUGGCGACGACUCGCGGAUAUGGCUGCCGCACAUAGUGUCCAGUGUGCACCCCAUAACUGGGGUUCUCUGCUCGGCUUCUACCUCAGUCUUCAAUUCGGUAAAACGAUUCCCCAUUUCCUCUACGGCGAAGUCGCAACCCUCACGAGCGAUGUAAUUGAUACCUCUGGCUACGCCUUCACCGGUGGAACGUUCACCGUACCGGAUACCCCUGGACUUGGGCUGGAACUCGAUGAAGAUGUGUACGAUGAUCGCUACGCCGGAAAAGAGGACUGGCAGAUCGGCUGAUCCUUUAUCCCGUCUUAAUCACGGUAGGUGCGGUUUCCUAACCUCGCCGGUCCUCCGUUCAAGGUCUCUUCGCUGUAGGAGCGAUCUCCGAGUCGCGACUGCCUAUUCCAGAAGAGUGCUAUAUCUGUUUGUCACUGCGAUUGGGUAUCGUAUCUGAUAACCGAAAACUAAAUACCCCAUAGUCCCCGAAUUUUUCCUGACAAAUCCGCUAUUAUGUGGUAUAAUUAUAGUAAAAUUGAUAGAUAUACCGCUGGCUUAAGCGUGCUGUAUUUUACACCAAACUUCUAAGCUAACUGGGUAGUCCCAUGAAAAAGGUUCUCGUCACGAUAAGCAGAGGCGUAGACAGCUCUGUCACUGCUUGUAGCGGGAUAUGAAACAGAAAAAAGGAGAAGUGCAUCAUGUAUAUCAAAAGAUUUGCGUGUUUAAUUUUACCUUGUUUUAUCUUGGUGUCUUUUUAUCUCCCUAAAGUUCUGGCACAGGAUAUAGUCGUCGAGGAUAUAGAAGUCAUCGAUCUCGAAUCGAGGAGUGUUGUCGGCGAGUACGUUGUGGGCGAGGAGGGCCUUGAGGUAGGUAGCGUCUAUCUCAUUGACAGGGAUUAUUUCGUCAAGGAUAUGUCAAAAGAGUUCGAAGGCGCAACGUUUAUCAUGACGGCAAUGGACGAUGAAGGCUCUAAGGGUGCUGAUUUCAUCACAUUUAGCGUUAAAGUUCCUAUAGUCGUUUGGUUAGCUACUGACAAAAGAUGGGGGAAUCCGCCAAAAUGGGCCUCAGACGGUGAAGGAUGGAAAGAGCAACCUGAUUAUUUGGCUCAAACCAAUGAGGGGGAUACGGAUAUUUUUGUCCUUCGGAGCAAGGAGUUUCCCGCAGGCGACAUAUCUCUCAGUGGUAACAACGAUGCACCCGCGAACUUGGCUCCUAUGUACUGGGUAUUCCUAACGCGUGGUGCCGGUGGGGCUGCUGUGGAGGCAACGGACAGGCUCACGACGACAUGGGGAAAAUUAAAGAGUAAUCGGUAG